UUUGUAUAAUUUCUUUAUUUGAGGGAGUGCCGAAGCUUCAAAUAUCUUUUUGUUAGGAAUUUAACAAGUAUAUUCGGAAGUCUUAUUUUUUAUUAAAUUUAUGCAAAAUGACGGAGGUAAUGAAAGAUUUCGAUAAGCCUGACUUCAGUGUGGAUAAAUACACAAAGCAAUUGGUAAAAGAAUGUGUUGGUGGUGCAGAUCUCCAGCAGCGCAAGAAAGAAAUUCAAGUUUACAGCGAUCAAACAUCAGCGACGCUAAAAAAGUCUGUGUAUGCCAACUAUAUGCAAUUUAUUGAAACUGCAAAAGAAAUUUCACAUCUUGAGUCAGAAAUGUAUCAACUAUCUCAUAUCCUCAUUGAGCAACGCAAUAUACUCGCAUCACUUAUCGAUGAAAAAUCUCCAGGUAAUGAUCAAAAUAGUGAUGAAGGAGUUGAACAACCCACGCAAGAAGAAGUCGAGAGCAGCCAUGCUACGCGUGCUGUUAAGGAAAUGGUACAAGGAUUCAACGGCAAUUUAGAAGGGAAAACUUUUCUCAAUGAGGGUGCACUCAUCGAAUUGGACACAAAUGACUAUAGACCUAUACAACGUGUGUUUUUCUUUCUGUUUAACGAUGUACUAAUUGUGUGUAAAGUAAAGCAUGACAAACGAUUAGAGUUUCUCACCGAAUAUGACCCAAAAAAGAUUGCAGUAAUCAAUAUUAAGGAUUUGGAUGGGGUACGAAAUGCAAUAAAUAUAAUAACACCUGAUGGUUCGAAAAUUUUUCAGAGUGUUACAGCCGCAGGCAAGACGGAGUGGAUAGAAAAAUUAGAGGUAGCUUUUCGUUUUGACCAACAAAAGAAAGCCAACAAGAAAGGACCCGCACCACAGCCACCCAAAGCCAAACAGUCAUCAAUGCAACAAAAGGAUUCACCAACUGACGGUAAAUCAUUAAUCUCUGAUCUCAGUCCUACCGAAUCAAAUGCUCCGCAGACUGUAGAAAACUAUGGACCAGAGUGGAUAGCCACUGCUGGUGAAGAAAUACAAACCCUUGUUGCCCAAAGGUACUUCGAAGAUGCACAAGCCCUAAUAAAACGUACCCAAGACUAUUUAUCCAAAGACUCGAGUUUUGUUAAUGCAAAGACAAUUGCUGAGAAAGUUAAACUAUUAGAAACACAGCUUACAGAUGUACUGCUACAGGAGCUGUCCAAUUGUCAUUGUCGAAAUUUGCAAGUGACACUACGUGCUUCACGACGUUCGCUAAAGAUACUCGUUGAUAUAGGACGAGCUCGACAAGCUUGUGGUACCCUUCUCAAAGUUGCCACAAUGGCUUUACGUACAGCACAACGUGAAGCUCGUCGCAAUAAUACAGAGAUAUCGGAAUUAUUCUUCUGUGACUUGACGCAGGUGGCAUGUGAAUUUCUCACUGCCUUCGGGACACAACCGGCUUGUGUCAGCGCGCUCGUGGUAUGGUGCAAUGCAGAGUUGCAAUAUUUUGCCAGCCAACUUAUAAAGCAUUAUCUUAAUAAAGGCACGCACUUAGAUGCUGUAGCAAAGUGUAUUGAAGGCAUACGAAAACCAUGUGCAAAGCUUACAGAAAUAGGAUUAGACCUAUCCUACCAUCUUGAAGGCCUUUUGCGCAGCACACUGGAAUCUUUAAUCGAAGAAUCACGCGUACGUUUACUAGAGACAGUUGGCCGGAGUGAAGAUACUUGGCAACCAUAUAAUUUGCAAACCAAAAGCAAUCUAAAACGUUUGCUAUUGGAAUUGGACGCACUUGGCAUUGAUAUGCGUCCACAUACUACAGGCGAUACUUGGAUUAAUCUCACACAAUCCACAGUAAUGUUCACCAGACAUUAUCUGCAAUUGACAGCUCAAUGCGCUACCCUAGCCAAGAGCGAGGUGUUGUGGCCCAGCUUGGAAGUAUUGUUGCGUGAUCUAAUGAUGGCACAACAAGCCAUUAAGCCAAUAGCUGGCUUAAGCGUAGAUCCAAAUUUCGUAUUGAAAAACAAAUUAUUUCUUUUGGAAGAACUACUGACAAUAGCGAUUGAAAAUUUCCGUUGCAUUAGCGGUAGUGAAAAGAAAUGCGACACUCUCUUGGAUUUGCAACGUAAUUUACGUAAACAGAUCGCACCUGUGCCGAAACAACGAAGUGUAUAUCAAACCGAACUGUUUUGAAAUAAAUCACUUAAUUAAUUAAACAUCAUUUGUUAUGAAGAAAUCUAGAGCAUUAAUGCGCAUAUGAAAUAAAAGAUGAAAAACCUUUCCGCGGAAAAAGUAAAC